UAUUGUCCUUUAGCGUUGCCGUACUUGCUGGCGUCAUUGUAAAGCGACAAAUAACUAUGGGUCAAAACCAGAGCGGGGGUCACGGUCCGGGAGGAGGCAAGAAGGAUGACAAGGAUAAGAAAAAGAAGUAUGAGCCUCCUAUUCCCACGAGGGUUGGAAAGAAGAAGAAGAAGACCAAGGGACCAGAUGCUGCCAGUAAACUACCAUUAGUCACCCCUCACACUCAGUGCCGUCUGAAGCUGCUGAAGCAGGAGCGGAUCAAAGACUACCUACUGAUGGAGGAGGAGUUCAUCAGAAACCAGGAGCAGAUGAAGCCACUGGAAGAGAAACAGGAGGAGGAGAGGUCAAAGGUAGAUGACCUGAGGGGGACACCCAUGUCUGUGGGCACCCUAGAAGAAAUUAUAGACGACAACCAUUCAAUUGUUUCUACAUCAGUUGGAUCCGAGCACUAUGUCAGUAUCCUGUCUUUUGUGGAUAAAGAUUUGCUGGAGCCAGGCUGUUCUGUCUUACUGAACCAUAAGGUUCAUGCUGUAAUUGGAGUGCUUAUGGACGACACUGACCCCUUAGUAACGGUGAUGAAGGUAGAAAAAGCUCCACAAGAAACCUAUGCUGACAUUGGAGGACUGGACAAUCAGAUCCAGGAAAUCAAGGAGUCAGUGGAGCUGCCUCUCACACACCCAGAGUAUUAUGAAGAAAUGGGUAUUAAGCCUCCCAAGGGUGUCAUUUUGUAUGGACCACCUGGCACAGGAAAAACAUUACUGGCCAAGGCUGUGGCCAAUCAGACUUCAGCCACCUUUUUGCGUGUGGUUGGGUCAGAGCUGAUCCAGAAGUACCUUGGAGAUGGGCCUAAGCUGGUCAGGGAACUCUUCAGGGUAGCAGAAGAACACGCACCCUCUAUUGUCUUCAUUGAUGAAAUUGAUGCCAUUGGAACAAAGAGGUAUGACUCCAACUCUGGGGGUGAGAGGGAAAUCCAAAGGACAAUGCUGGAGCUGCUGACCCAACUGGAUGGUUUUGACUCACGUGGAGAUGUAAAAGUUAUCAUGGCCACAAAUCGGAUAGAAACCCUGGACCCAGCCCUCAUCAGGCCCGGGAGAAUUGACCGAAAGAUCGAGUUUCCUUUGCCAGAUGAGAAAACCAAAAGAAGGAUCUUCCAGAUCCACACCAGCCGCAUGACAGUAGCAGAUGAUGUCACCCUGGAUGACCUCAUCCUGGCUAAGGAUGAUCUAUCAGGAGCAGACAUCAAGGCCAUCUGCACAGAAGCGGGACUCAUGGCUCUGCGGGAACGCCGCAUGAAAGUCACGAAUGAAGACUUCAAGAAAUCCAAGGAAAAUGUCCUGUACAAGAAGCAAGAGGGCACACCCGAGGGUCUCUACCUCUAACAUUCAAACUGUUGGUUCUCCCACCCCCUUAAUCUCACCCUUGUGUGUCCCUGUGUGAAAGAGAAGAGGCAGCAGCUGAUUUUGUGUAUUCUCCCAGAGAGAGAGUUUUGAUAUAUUUUGUGCAUGUCUUGUCUGACUUAUCCCACUCUCCCGGUUACCUGUAUUUGCUCAAGAUAUUAAAUAAAUUGCCAAAAAAACAAAGACAAA